AUGGUUGCUAUGCUAUGUGCCUUCUUUGUAUUGGAUGUACAGGUACUCAUGCAGAAUGUCUCCUUUUCACUUGCAGUAAAUUACUGCAAGGUCAUAGGUGAGGAUUAUGCAUCCGUCGGCAGGGAUGUGAUAGUGGACUCAAAAGCACAACCUAUAAAGGCGGCGUUCUAUUUCUCUGCAAUUGGACUGGGAGUCUACGCAAUCAGGACAAAUCCUACGCGCCACGACUUCCGCAUCUCACUUCUAACCAGUGUCAACGACAAUGGACUCGUGAGCGACAAUGCACGUAACCCGCAAGCCGCCACACACGUGCGCCAACUGGUGUCGUGUGAGAACGAGGGCCUGAUUCGGCACGUUGACCUCGGACUGAUGUCGUUGAUGUGGGUCGACAACUACGAUGAGGCCUGUAAAUUGUAUGAGGCGCGCUGUCCGUCGUUAAAGCCGCGCUGGCUGACGUUUAACACAAGGAUCGUAGAUAUUGGCUGUUUUGGACACUGGUUCUUGAUGGAGCGCGCGAUGAAAGAGUAUGACGUUAACCCAGACGAAUUCCCCGAUAAAGAUUGAGGGUUAUUCAACUUAUUCUGUCAAGAUAGACCUGUACUUUUACCUUUACUUUAUGUCAUUUGUAGCCGAAUGGCAUGUGUCGAUCCUAAUGAAUUUCUCUGUGAAAAGUUGUUUUACUGGUUCUGGUAUUAAUGUUUACUGAUAGCUUAUUUGCUGCUCCAAAGUGCUUUUGAGUACGAAUACAGCCUGACUUUACAUAUGAUGUCUACACCUAAACACAGCAGCCGCAGUAUAUAUAUAUUUUCGCCUGGUUUCACCAACACCUAGAAAUGUCAGCAGGUUAUAAAGAAUGUGGUCAUUCCAUUGCUAGGUGCAUUGUAAAUGUACAAUUGCAAUUUAUUAACAUAUUGUGCUGCAAUCUCAGGGCGCACGUUUCUUGCUCAGACUUAUGACAAAAAUACAGCAUAUAAAUAACACAGUCAGUGCAGAAUAUUAUAAUGGUUGCUUUUAUGCCAAUAGUAACAAGACUCAUACUAUUCAACAAGUCAACAGAUAUCAUGGUUGCUAUGCUAUGUGCCUUCUUUGUAUUGGACGGACAGGUACUCAUGGUGAGUCAUUGGUGACUGUUAGGGAAAAGGUUUGAUGAUAUUACAUGUUUCAAAAUUAUUUUGAAUGUAUUUCAACGAGUCAGUCGGUGAUAUCGUAACAUACACACCCUUACUGCCACAUUUCCAGUUUGUGUUUGUGGCAAGUUUUAAAUCAUUUGGAAAUUUAUUGACAGCGCAUGAGCGCCAGCUGAUAAGUCAACAAUGGUUGCUAUAGUAACACACAAUUAAGAGAAGGCCAAAUUUUAUUAGAAACAAUGAGGGGACCCGUCACCGUGAGUACAACAAAGCAUUGUAAAUAACUGGUAUUCAAACUAUUGUCUUAGAAUGAUAAUAGUAGAUAUCAUAAUUAAACAGCAUUGAAUGUAAAAUACGUUUGAAUUAGUAUGACUAUAAAACACAAUCUAGUAUAUAAUAUUA